UAUUCUGUGGUUGAGUGUGUUUACAAAAUGAAUGUCAAAAUAUGUCAAAUUACGAUUCACUAAGCAAAGAAUAAAUACAUUUUUAUUUUAAAGACGUUGAAUAUGCAACCGGAGUACAAAAAAUGUUUUGUGACAGUCGGAACGACACGUUUCGACCUCUUAUGCAAAUUCAUCCAAUCAUCACCCGUACUUCUCGCUCUAAGAAAAAUGGGAUGCAAGAAUAUUACGGUUCAAAUAGGAAACAGUGACGUUGAACCGGGUGAUUUUGAGAAAGACGGUAUAAAAUUACAUCUUUAUAGAUUUAAAAACUCACUAAAAGCCGAUAUGACAAACGCUGAUUUAAUAAUAAGUCAUGCAGGAGCAGGAAGUUGUUUAGAGGCUUUGGACUUAAACAAACCCCUAUUAGUCGUUGUAAAUGAAGAUUUAAUGAAUAAUCAUCAAUUAGAACUGGCAGAUCAACUGCAUGUUGAUAAACAUCUUUACUACUGCACAUGUGACACUUUAGCGACCACACUUGAGACUGUGGACUUCAGCUGGUUGUCACCAAUGUCAAAACCAAGCCCUCAUGCUUUUGUGAAAUAUAUAAACAGUGUUUUUAAGGUUAUGGAACAUUCAUAAUUAUACAUUAUUUGAAAAAAGAAUAUUUUUCGGUAUUAGAAAUUAAAAUUGUGAUAAUAAUAUACAUGUAUACAAUAAAUAUUUAAUUCACUUUAAUAUAAUUACUACUAAUUACUACUUAGAUUA